CGCAAUUGCUUGUUCUCGUCGAAUUCAGCGUAUUCUGUACGUGGUGAUUUGACACUGGGCCUCUUCUUACUGGAGUGUCGCCCUCAUCCCAACUUCUUUUUUUUUCGUAGGAAACUGCGAAAUGGUUCGUCAUGCUGCUCCCGCGCCUGGAAAGGCUUCACGUCCUAAAACGGCCUCAAACCCGUUCAGUGCGCUCUCACAAUCGGCUGAAAAUGUCGAGAAAGGGGAGUAUGAUAUUGAUUACGAGGACCUGGACAAGGAAGAACAGGUGGCUGUAGCUGAAGAUGACGUUGUGUCUGCACCCACACCUGCACCCACACCUGCACCUGCACCUGCACCUGCACCUGCAACUGCACCUGGGCCAAAGUCCAAGACCGUCGACGACAUCGAGAUGUCCGACUACGAGUCGGAGGGCGAGGUUGAAGACCUGGACAUGACUGGCACUGACAAUGCUGGCAGCAGUACCUCUUCCAAGAAGGUGAGCGUCUACCGGAAAUACCUGGAGGACAUCCCAGAGGACUUCAAAUUCCUAGAGUUUGUGAAGGACAAGACAGUCAACCCAUACCCAAGCGAAUUUGACGGUGUCAACUUGGACGUGAUCCACAAGGAAUAUCGAAAGCAGGAUAGGCCUGACUUCAAACCAUUCCGUUACCAGAGGCAAACGGCGCAGGUCAUGUUCCUGGACAGCGCUUUUUCGAUGGGCUCGGGCAGGCGCCAGUCUGUGGGUAUGAUCAAGGAAGAUCGCGCACAGGAUGAGAAGACAAUCAAAGUCUCAUUCAAUGUCGACAGCCAGAUGCCAUCGGUGAGGCUACACAUCCCUCGUCCGGAUAACGCGUCUGGAGAGACGGAGUCGGAAGUCGAGUACCAGGUUUUCGCCAAUGCCAUCAAGUCCGCACAUGGCGAAGGAGAGGCCCGCAUGCUGGCUGGAAUCUCGAUGAGUGCCUGGAACCAGCCGAUGGACGAUGCUUCGAUCAAGGAGUUCGGUCGUACAGUCGCUCGCGGCAACUCCGGACUAGUCGACUUGGCUAAAAUCCAGAACCUGAUGAGGCUGCGACUGGAGCUCGUUCCGGUUGGCACGGUUGGAUACAAGCGUCGUCCCAUCUUUACUGGCAUGAGCGCUAUGGAGCUGCAAGCCAUCAGGAAUAAGGGUAACGACGAGAAGACCAAGCCCGACCUGAGCGAGUUUGAGCGAGCCAUCUACAAUCUGGAUACCGCGUGCACUAUCGACAUCUUCCGCCGCCUCGACCAAUCUGAUGUUCAGCUGUACAAUAAGCUCAGGAACUUCUUCGUAGGCUCGAUGUACAUGUGCGCAACCUACAAGAACUUCUGGCACUACCAGUUCCAGCUUGAAAGGCCUGUCGAGGGUAAGUCUCCAGCCGAGGAUAACAACAUCUUCGCGAGCAAAUGCAAUCUGGAGAAUCUGCUUCCCCCUCGAUGGAUGAUCACGGAAUACGAGGCUUGCUCAGUCAAUAAAGGUGGCCCAAUCACCAAGCUUAGCGCAAUCGAAUGGAGUUCGUUCAGUAAAUUUACUCACUACCCAUCCAUACAGGACUGUUCCUUUGUGCUACGCCUUGGUCUUGCCAGAGAGCGUCAGGCUCAGCAGACACUCAUCAAGGGUCUUGCGGCAUCUGCGGAAGGUUCGAGCACUGCGCACAUCACGCCUCUUGGAGGUGUGACUGGUGGUUACCUAGCGAAGAUUUCUCUGCCUGGACACGCUGCUGGAUUUGAGUCUGAGCUGUUGAAACCAGAGAUCGACACUCGACUAACUCUCAAGUUCGAAGCCGCAGGCCAGAAACAAAUCACCUACGCGGCAGCAGUGGUCGAAGCUCAAGCAGACGACGUACCAGAAGAGAAAAAGUUUGAUUUCGACUUCGUCGUAGAGAUGACUGGUCCGGUGAAUGACUUUGGCCAACAAUCACACAAAGUCCACCUCGAGUUCAUCGACGACAAGACAUCCGGUGACCGAGCUCGAAUUGCCACAGAGUCGAUGGCGAAAGCCAAACUUCAACGCGACGACGGCGUAGACAUCCCGGCGGUUAUCUUCCAAACCGACUUUUCGAUCGCUCUCGACAAGCAGAAUGUUGGACAGGAUAUUCCGCAAGACACGUUUGAGAAGAUCUUGGGUCGUCUCAGGGAAGUCUGGAAGCUCAAUAAGGAACAGGUCGCUUCGGUCACAGAGUCUUUCCGCUCGAGCACCGGACUAUCACUCCUCUACGGGCCUCCUGGCACAGGCAAGACUUCAACCACCACCGUGGCGGCGUACGAACAUUGCCGUCUUGGGAACAAGGUCCUCUACGCCUGUCCCUCCAAUAAGGCAGUCGACGCUGCGUUGACAAAUUUCAAUCAGCACAAUGACCGUUCCGUCAGCUCAACGCAACAGCCACCGAGCAACAGCCAAGCCCCGGUUCAACCGCCCAAGGAACGCAAGAUCCGUGCAGUCCGUUUCGUUGGUGGAUACAAAACCUACCAAGAGCGAAAGAAGCUUGCUGGGCCCAACGCAACAGUGGAGGAUCUUGAAGGACUUGUCAACCCGACCAUCUUAUCCGCGAUAAAGGCGAACCCAGACUCGCUCUUCCACGACCAGCUGGAGCAAGCGAUCAAGCGUUGGGGAUCAAUCGAAACUCAUUCCAUGUAUGCUAUCGUCAAGGAGUACACGUCGCUGCUUGCAAAGGCGAAGAAAGGCAAAUCGUCUCACAAAGAUGCCAAAGCAGAUGCCAAGAAGAUGAGAGUCAACCUUGACAGAUGUACGGAGUAUUUCGUCGAACACGAGGUUGAUAUCAUUUUCACGACGUGUUCAAGCGCUUGCCACGAUACUAUUGCAGGCUCUUUCAAGCCGGAUGUGGCCUUCGUCGACGAAGCUGGUCAGGCGACGAUUCCUGACGUCUGCAUGGCACUCGAUCCCUACAAAGAGUCCAUCAAAUGGCUUACCAUGUCUGGCGACUACAACCAACUGAUGCCAGUCGUGAUCGCUAAGAAAGCCAAUGAGGGCUUGUCAUUGCUGGAGACAUCCUUGUUCAGACAAUUGGUAUGUGACCCGAAUGGCCGAUUCGGUUAUGUCAUGUUGCUCGAGCAAUAUCGCCAACACCCGGAUCUUAGCGACUACGCCAACAGUCAAUUUUACGCGGGCAAGCUUCGGAACCACAGUUCGGUGACGCAGGGCAAUCCCGUCUCGAAGACCAUAAAGCAGUUCUUCGACAAGCUUGGCAAAGCUAAAAAAAACCAUGCCAGUGUCCGUAUCGCCAUUGACGUUUCGCACGACGAAGCACAGUCAGUCAAGUACGCCGAGACGACUUCCUUUUGCAAUGCAGCAGAGGCGAGAAUCAUUGCUGGUCUUGUCAAGGAACUCCUUGCAUACGUUCCCCAACAUUCGGCUGAGCAUGCGGCGCGAUUCACUCGGAUUCAAGCUAAAGACAUUGGCAUCGUGACUCCAUACAAGGGUCAGCAGCGAUUCAUUCGUAACCUGCUCCUUGCGAACGGGCGGGAAACUGCCGAGGUCAAAGUUCUGACGGAAGGCUCUGUGAGCACAACCUGGGGUGUUCAGGGCGGCGAAUUCAGCAUUGUCUUUGUGUCCCUUUGCGCUCGCGAUCCCAAUAACGCCAUGGAGAAGAUGAAGUUCGUCGCGCUGCCAAAUGCGUUGUGCGUGCAGAACACGAGAGCCAAGUAUUUCCAGGUCACGGCUGGUAACUUCAUGGGUUGGUGCAAAGCCACAGCAGCCUCCAAGAAAGAAGGCGUGAUACACCAGAAGUACUUCAGUUCGUUCAAAAACCUGGUUCUCCACAUGUACAACAAGGGCGACAUUGUCUCUAGCGUGGACAUCGAGGCCGCACUACUUCCGACGGCAACCACUCCGGCUCAGAAGCCAACAGAGAGCCACUUCUACAAGGCGUUGCCAUCGCUCGAAGUCACGUCAAUCUCGGCCCACGACAAGCCCAAGGGUGCACCAGGGAAGUCCAAGGCUGCACCAGGGAAACCUAAGGGUGCACCUGAGAAGCCCAAGGACGCAGCUGGAAAGCGCAAAGGCGCUCCUUAUAGCAAGGAUACACGCUCAGCAAAGUCGACCAAGACGGCUGCGACCGGCCUCUACGCAAUGAAAGAAAUGGGCGACACCCUUCAACCUCUGGUUCCGACGCCUGGCCCAGUUCCAGGGUCCAAGCGCGAGGCGAAGAAGGCGGCGCAAGCCGCGAAACACGCUGCCGAUGCCAGGAAGCGAGCAGAGGUCGAGAAAGAGAGGGAGAUCCUGGACGAGACCAAGGGCGAGAGGAGAAACUGGGCCGAUGACGUGCAAGCCGCCGCUGAAGAAGCGGAGAGCAGUACCAUGGAUACUAGCACUUCGUAAACGUGUUCUGUAGUAUCACCUUGGGCGACUGCACAAUGCCUUGGGCAUGCAGUCUGAUCACUUUGGUGGGGGGGUGAUCUAUACCAUUUGGUUUAUCGGGAUUCCGCGGUCUAGAGGGGAUCUUUCUCCAGCUUUGUGCUGAGAAAGAGCAUGCAGCAAUUGCGUGUGGGGCUAGCCGCAUCACAACAUGGUUUUGAUUAUUACUCUGUACAACAAGACGCCAGAUUCAAGGCACAUCGAGACGUCCCGCUUCCA